GUUUGAGAUAUUAAUCUUUCACGGAACAAUCGAUGACUCUGUAAAGCUAUUUCCCAAUGCCACACAGAGUCUGAGACAGAACAAAAUGGCCUACGCGACAGCUCUUUUAGCUUUGCUAGACAUACGAACUGCACUAGUAGGCUUACUAGCUUUUCUGGUGCUAUCAUGGGCUCUUCGAAGACCGAGGAACCUCCCGCCCGGUCCGUGGGAAUGGCCCCUUCUCGGGAGCCUUCCUACACUGGCCCUCGCUUCGGGAGAACCGUACGAGGUGUUCCUGAAGAUGUCAAAGACGUACGGACCGAUAUUCACACUGAGUAUACUUGGGCAGAGAAUUGUUGUUGUGCAUGGUUACGAUGCGAUUAAAGAUGCAUUUCAGAAUCCUAACUUGAACGAUAGGCCUGAAUCACACACGAUAACUAACAUGCUGGAUGGCUCGGAAGGCAUAGCAGCUGCGUCCGGCAAAGUCUGGAAGGAGCAGAGAAAACUUUCUCUCAAUGUUUUCAAAAACUUCGGGGUCGGUAAAUCAAGCUUUGAGGAUCAGAUCGCAAGGGAGGCAGAAGAACUAGUUCACGAGAUGGUCAACUUCAAGCAGAAGCCCUUCAACCCGACCAAGUUAUUCUCCACUUCUGUUUCGACUAUUAUUGCCUCUGUUAUAUUUGGCAAGAGGUACGACUACGAUGAUCCGGAGUUCCAGAAGAUCCUUGCGUGUAUUGGCCGGAACAUGGAGCUGAUUGGAGCCGGAGCAGCGAUGCAAUUCCUCCCCAUCACCAAGUACCUUGGGUUCCUCCCGUCCAUGCGAGAAAUGCAAACCAACAUCACAACGACGGUGAACUUCACUAAGAAUAUCAUCAAGAACCACGUGAAGGAAUUCAACCCAGAUGAAAUGAGGGACUUCAUGGACAUGUACAUCAACGAAAUGAAAGAGAAAGAAGAUCAGAAAGUCGAGACGGUCUUGAGUUUGAAUAACUUAGUGAGCGUUAUUAACGACCUCUUCGUAGCGGGAUCGGAGACGACGGCAACGACCCUGAGGUGGGGGCUGCUCUACAUGAUGCUGCACCCGGAGGUACAGACCCGUGUACAGCAAGAAAUAGACACCGUAGUAGGACGUAACCGAAUGCCGAAGCUCUCAAACAAACCCGACAUGCCGUACACCGAAGCAGUCAUCCUUGAGCUCCAACGACUCGGUAAUAUAGUACCUCUCGGAUUACCCCACAGAGCCUCUCGUGAUACCUCUUACGGAGGGUAUACCCUCCCUAAGGAUUGCUUCAUUAUCUCUAACCAGUGGGCAUUGCAUACUGAUCCGGAACUUUUCCCGGAGCCGGAGAAGUUCAACCCGGAGCGAUUCCUGAAUGAGGCUGGAGAGGUUUUUAGUCCUGAUGAGUUUAUACCAUUCGGCAUAGGGCGGCGUGUGUGUCCGGGAGAGCAACUCGCCAAAAUGGAGCUCUUCAUUUUCUUCACCUACCUCCUCCAUCAGUUCACCUUCAAGCAACCCGUCGAUUCGCCUCCACUGACGGUCAAGGGACACCUUGGGAUCACGCUGGCCCCUCAGCCGUACCAGGUGUGCGCAGUCCCCCGUUGAAGUCUCUUCAACUGUUAGUACAAAACGUAACACAAGUUUUGUCAAUGCGGGAUCUUGAAUUACGAAAUGCCAGUGAUACUCAUAUUUCAAUCCAGUCACAGUUAUUUUCACGCCGGAUUACUGGGUUACAUUUUUGAAAGAUGGACAGGAUUUAAACCAAUGUUAAAGGCACUGGGCACGUUUGCUUAUUGUCAAAGACCAUUUUUUUUCUUCAGAUUUUAAUGCAAAAAAAUUUUUUGACCGAAUUUUGAAAGACGUUUUUUCAAAAGCUAUACCCUUUUGCCACUUCGUGAAAACAGUGAUGACAUAUGGAAGACUCUAGAAGUUUGUUAUAGUUAGUUGCACAAGUAAAUAGAACUAGAGAUUGAGAGUUUGUGAACAAACUCAAG